AUGACUGCAGCCGCCGCAACACUGCAUUGGCAGCAAAGUUGCCUGCUUCUGAAGGAACUGGUGCGAGAAGGAUUGAGACCUACAGUAGUCAGCUUCUCAUGUGCAGCCGCAAUUCCUGUCGCCAAAGCUUGGUCGCGGAGCGUGGCGCUGCUCGCCGACCUGCACUAUUUUGCGGUUCAGUGCGAUACGGCUGCUGUAAACGCUGCACUCAGUGCUGGCGCAGCCGCGUCGACUUGGAGCUCUGCCCUCGCCACAGGAUCGUGGUUUCUCGACAUCAGCUUGGAACUUGACCUCAUCGGCCGCAACAUUCUGAUCCAUGCCAGCAGUGCCAUGUUGAGUUGGCCAAAGGCAUUGGACCAGGUCUGCCAGAUGCGCGAUUGCCGGCUCCAGCCUGAUGUGAUCAGCUACAAUGCAGCGAUUGCGGCCGCUGAAGCAGGAGGAAGAUGGGCUCUGGCCGCCUCGGCCAUGGCAGAGCUAUGCCUCAACGGCACGCCCUCAUCGAUCACGUUCAACUCUGCAGCAAGCGCGGCCAGCUCAGGUCUCCAGUGGCAGCUGACCCUGAGGUUCUUCUUCGCUGGCUUCGAAGAAGCGAAGAAUGCUGGCGUCGAGCCGGACCCGAUUGGCUUCUCGACCGUCAUUGGUGCUUGCCAGUAUGCCAUGAACUGGAGCAAAGCUCUGGAGCACAUGAACAAGGCCUCUGCAGUGCGGCUGACUGUCAUUGUUUCAGCCCGCAAUGCAGCAACCAUGGCAUGCACGGAGCUGGGCGUUUGGCUCCACGCCCUGGCCUUGUUGGACCCCAGUCAGGGUGGAGGCCUGCAAAGGGACGCCGUGUCGUUCGCUGCGGCGGCUGGUGCCUGCCGGGAGGCGAAGCGAUGGCAGCACGUGCUUGCCCUUCGGGCUCUGUCCGACUCUGCAGGCAUGGAGUCGGAAGUCAUGCUCCAGAAUGCAGCACACUGCGCCUGGCGCACGGCCCGGAGAUGGAAGGGAUCUCUUCAGCUUUUGGCAGAGAUGGAGGAGGCCAAGGUAGAGGCAGAUGCAGUCAGCUAUGAGGCGGCUGUGCAGACCUGUGAACUCGGGGGCCAACCCGGGCCAGCGGCGCUGGUGCUCGGGCUCUGUCAGUCCCGCUCCUGGCUUCUUGGAAGGCCGCAAUGA